AUGAAUGUUCGAUACUGUAACAUUGAUCCAGAGAACAGGAAACUGCCACCAGCCUAUGAUUACCUCAGUUCACCACUAGUGUCAUUGGAAAUCUCACUUGAGAAAGUAAUACCACUCAUCGAUAAUCUUCAACACUAUACUGAAAUCGCUAUACAGCACUGUCAUUCGUCCGAUCGUCUAACACAAGCGGAAUCAGCUGCCUUGCAUUUGUACACGAUGGAGUGGGGUGAUAGAAGCUUUUAUCACAUAUUUAACAAUGCAUUACAAGAUGCAAAUCGUGCAGCAUUAAAACCAUGGUCUCCGUACUUAAAACCGCUUGACACUGCUCUUAAAAAUCUGCCGUCUACGAAGCUAAUAUUACAGUGUGCUGUCCAUGCUGAAGUGAGUAGAAGCUUUAAGCACGGACAACUACUGGCAUGGUGGUCACUUAAUCCCUGUUCUUCCUCGUUCAAUGUCAUCAAGGACUUUCUGGGCCCCGAUAGUACAUUGUUCAUGAUCGAAGCAGCAAACGGAAAAAGCAUUUCAUCUUACACUUGCCAUGUCAACGAGAACGAAUUUGUCUUGAUGCCCGGAACCAGACUGAAGGUAGUGAAAUUACAAUAUGAUGAAAAAAACAUAAAUAAUUUAUCAAUUGUAUCAACAACUGGAGAAUGUUAUUAUCAAAUUGAACAAUAUGAACAGGCAAUUGAAUAUUAUAGAACGUCAUUAGAAAUAAUGGAAGAUAAUAAUUUAGAAAAUAAUCAUGAUAUUGGACUUAAAUCAAUUCCAAAAAGAUUAUCAAAAGAAGAACUUAUUAAUCAUAAACAAUUUAAAAAUUGUGUUAAAACUAUUGAUAUAAUUGGUGAAAAUGCUAUUAUUGAAUUAAAUGAUAAAAUAGUUUGGGAGGAAUGUUUAAAAACGGGUUCACUUCGAAUUCACUAUAUAAUUCGACAUAUAACGUUAGAAAUAACUCCAUAUACUAAAAUAAUUGAUCCUGAUAAUAGUCCAAUAACAUUUGAAAAUUGGUAUGGAAAUCGAAUGUUAGAUUAUAAACCUGAUAUAAUGCAAUUUGAUUUUAAAAAAGAUCAAAUAUUUCGUUAUAGAUGGAAUUCAAAAAUAUGGUUAGAACAAUUUCAUAAUAUUGAUUCAUAUAGUGAGAAUUUGAAGAAUAAUGAUCAAUAUACUUCACUUUCUAUUCGUCAUAUGUUACGUGUUACAGUUAUGUUAAAUACAAUGGCUGCUGUAAAAAAUGGAAAAUAUAUAUUAGAAGAUGGUAAAACAAUUAUUCCAUUUAAAUUUGAUACAAAACAAAGACAAAAAAUUAAAACAAUAUUAUAUAAUCAUCAAUCAAAAUUAAUUGAUUCUAAUCAAGAAAUAACAAUUCAAAUUCCAUUUAAAUCUACGAAUAUUCAUGUAAAUAAUGAAGAUUGUUUAAUAUCUUAUGCAAAAUUAAUUUCAAAUGGAUUAAAACCAGUUUUAUUAAAUAUGGCUAAUUCAAUAAUACCUGGUGGUGGUUAUCGUAAAGGUGAUGGUGCACAAGAAGAAAAUAUUUUUCGUCGUACAAAUUAUUAUAUUAGUUUAGAUUAUUCAUUAGAUCAAAAUAUACCAUAUAUACAACAUAAACGAUCUAAAUGUGAUUCAAAUGGUAAAUUAGAAAGUAUGUCAAAUACAAUGUAUCCAAUUGAUGAAUUUGGUGCAAUUUAUGCAAUUUAUGGAACUGGUCACCAGUCACUGUUCUUUCAAAUCGACAUAAUUUUACAUCUGUAA